AUGGCAGCGCGACGGGGCACGUUUACAAGGCCAAGCAAGGAGAAGGAGCUGGAGCGGCAGCUGGGGCAGGAAAGAGGAGCAGAGAAUGCAAAGACGCAUACGGCUGCCAAGGGCAGCGCGCGGUUCCUCGUGACAUUUAACAGAGGGGUAAUGGACGAUUGGCUUAUCAUUGUAUCGGGCGUUGGUCAUGGCGAGUUAUUUCAUGUCUUUGUCGAGAAUGGCAUCCUCCGAGUUGCUCGACGUUGGUGCACCAUAUGCGCGACUGACCCAACGCUGGCGAAGCCACCCAUCGGCGAUACGGCACCAGGCUUCAGACACUUGUACACACCUAGCAUGCAUUUACCUCCUGGCCAGCUUGGCCCAAAUGAUGAAUUAACCCGGGGUUCCACGUCGCCAUAA